AAUAUUUCGAAUGAUUUGAAAGGUAUAACGCGUUCUUGACGACUUUUUAUCGGGUAAAUCGGUAAAUUUGAUAAAUACCAUUUUAUUUUUAGCAUGGGGCGAAACACAUACCCGUGAAAUAUUUAUUUGGAAUCGUAUUGUGAUAAGCAUUUGCCAUAAUGACAACACAGCUGAAUGAGGAGGACUUCAUAAAACUUAGACACGACUCCGAGCGUCGUCUUCAGACAUUUUACGAUCAUUGGCCAGCCACCAAAAACUACCUCAGUAAAGAAGAGUUUGUGAGACAGGGGUUUUAUUGUGUAGGACAAGGUGACCGCGUGAGAUGUGUGUACUGUCGCGGCUACCUCAGUGACUGGGAGCCCAAUGACGAUAUUCUGUUAGAACACAAAAAACACUUUCCCAAGUGUCCAUUCAUCAUCUCCCCGUACAAGUUUCCUGAGUUUCGAGACUUUUCUAGUCGCCUUGAAUCUUUUAGUGAUUGGCCGUCACAGUUUUCACAGAGAAAAGAAGAUUUGGCUCUCGCUGGGAUGUUUUAUCUAGGUAAAGGGGACCAGACAAAGUGUUUCUGGUGUAAUGGUAUAUUAGCAGACUGGGAACCAGGUGAUUCACCUGUCCUAGAACACAGAAAGUGGUUCAAAGACUGCCAAUGGUUAGAGGUCAUCAAGUCCGAACCAUUCUUUGUCAAUGCAGAAAAAUCAAAUCAAGGAAAAUCAAAAACUGAUGAAUUCCCCAUACAAGAGACAUCCUCCCCAGAAGAUUUGGCCAAAAAAAUUGGAUUUUCUUCAGAAAUAAUCAGCAAAGCAGCAAAAAAGUGUGGAGGAACAUUUGAUGUAGAAACUUUAGUCAAGGCUAUCCUGGAUUUAGGGGAAACCAAAACAGAGGAAGUUGUACUGUCACAGACAGACAGAGAUCUGGACAUGAAAUGCCUGAAAGGAUCUACACAAUCCUUUGAUCCGAGCUGUAAAAUCUGCUUUGAUGCCAGCUUUAACACCGUGUUCCUGCCCUGUGGCCAUCUACUGUGCUGUGAGGAGUGUGCGAGGACAAUCAGGACUUGUCCCAUGUGUCGGGCCACCAUCGCUUCGGCAAAGAAGGUCUUUCUUCAGUGAAAAACGAAUACUAACAGACAGGUAGAGGAUUAAGAGACGGUGAAAAAACAAACUCAGCUAGAGACACAUGGAGGAUAAAGAGAAUCUAUCAUUAGCCUUGCAGGCAUGGAAGUGAAAUAGUUUGUGUAAACUCAUGGAAUAUCUAGAUUUGCUAGUAAGUUAAUAUGUUUUAUUGUGGAGAAAUGUACAAAAUGACGUACAAGAUUUUGUAAGUUGUGUUAAUUUCUUGGAUCUGAAAAUGAGAUGUCCAGUACAGUAGAUGGUGAUAGAAACCCCCCACCCACCCCCAUCCCCAUAAUUUACUGACUGGUUAAUAACUUCCAGACACAUAUACACUAUUUAUUUUGUAGUGAUUUCUGGAUUAAAUUCUGUACACAGGUAAAAUACUGACAAUGACUGGAUAUUUUGUGAUGACCUACACAAACCAAUUCACUGUCCGAAGAUGUACCGGUGAUACAUGUUUUUGUGUAUUAAGUUUACUAAACAUUAAAAAAACCCAGACCUGUAUGAUUACAUUAACAUUAGAUAAUGAUCUCUUUUUUUAACAGAAAUCCAAAUUUCAACUUGACAAGUUAUUUAUGUUGUUAUUUACAUGUAUGUUGUGCACAAUGAUAUUAGAACUACAUGAAGCAAAAAUAUUCUUUAUGGCAUACUUUAUGCAUGUAGUUUUCUCUUUCUCCACCGUCUCCCUGGAAAUUUUAACUCAUGAUGCCAUUCACUUUACACGAACAAAAUUUACCAUAAGGAUAUAUUUUACUGAAUAAUUGUCACUUUUCAUUGAAUUUAACCUUAUUUAGGGUUUUACUGAAGUAUAUACAUGUACAGGGAUAUUUUUCCCCAUGUAAUUUGUACCUAUACACUCCAGGAAAAGAUUGCACCCCAUUUUGAAUUUCCCAAAAAGCCAUUUUGUGUCGCAUAACACCAAGAAUUCCAAUGUUAUUUAUUACAAGUGUUUUGAUUGGACAAAAAUAAAGCUGAACAAGAGUUUAUACAUCAAUAAAUCCGAAAACGCGAUGUAUUCAUACACGCCUGAAAACAAAUAACAUAGUGCGGGGAAACUAUUCAAAUUUUUGCAAUUGUUAAUGAAGUGAAUGAAUUGGAAUUAUAAGAAUCAAACAUUCUUUUUGAAGAAUUUAUCGAUGUGUAAACUCCGGCCAUUUUACUCACAAACUUAACAUAAAAGUGCUUUCGCACUUUUAUUCAGUUUGUGAGUAAAAUGUCCGGAGUUUACACAUCGAUAAAUUCUUCAAAAAGAAUGUUUGAUCCUAUAAUGAAUAAAUUGGUAUUAGCCCAGUUUUAAAUUCCCCAACUUAUGAUGCGAGUGAAUUGGGCGAAAAUAAAAGGGGAUGCAAAUUUCCCUGUUCAUGUAUACAGCAUGCUAGAUAGAAUUUUUAUUUUCAUUUAAGGAAUCUCAAUACACUGCACAUAGAGAAGAGUUUUAGCGGGUGAUCUAUUCCUAUUUACAGUGUGUGUUUAGAUUUUUUUCUCUCACAAAAACAAUUAUUAUGAAUACCCUAUCUUUGUAUUUGUUGCAUCAUUUCAUUAUCAGAGGAUGACAUAUCAAGACAUGAGUUUAUUGUUUUAGAAAACUCAUUUUGAAUCAUAGUACCGGGCCUCCCUAGGCUGGAUUAUUUUUUUUUAUUUUUUUUUUUUUUUUUUUUUAUCAUUUUCAACAAAUACAUAUACACCUUUUACUCACACUCUCAUACAGAUUAAAGAAAGCGAUAUAGACAAUUACAUGUAUAUAGGCUGGAUUAUUUAUUUUAUAGUUUGUUACUAUUUUUAUGUUUUUUGAUUUUUUACUCUGUAUUUGUGAUAUUUUACUCAGUGCGUUGCUGGCUCGUACAUUUCUAGGUUUCACCAUUUUUCUCUAUUACCUCAUGUGCUUACAUUUUAAGAAUGUAAAAAAAUAUUGAUGAAUGUGUGGUAUAUAUAUAUUUGGAUUUGUUUAUUAAGAAUUUUGUGUUCAUAUAUUAAAAUUUGAGGCGAGA